AACCAAUGCUCCUCCCCCUACAAUGAAUUACUACGCACGAUGUGGAAACGGUUGGGAGUACUACAAACCGUCUGACCGCUGUUUCCUGUUUCGGCCAUAUGACUACAAGAACUGGUUCAAUGCGCGCUACCAGUGCCGUGUAGAAGGAGGGGAUCUUAUGAGUCUAUCGAACCCAGUUGAUCAGACGUAUGCCGCAAGUCGUUUGAAAACGAGCACAGAGAGUAUUUCAUGGCUUGGAUGUAAUGACCUCGGAGUAGAAGGAGGAUGGGUCUGGACUGACAAGAAACCGUUUGUAUUCAUUGACUGGAAUCCAGGUCAGCCAGAUAACUGGUUUGGUGGCUCCAGCACUGGUGAACACUGCUGCCAGUUUUACAAUAGCAUUGGAACGUGGAACGAUAACUACUGUGAAAGUGGUUUAGGGUACAGCUGCAAUCGUGAUGAUUACAUCUUCAAGUAUUACAUCUCAUUCCCCGAGAAGCAGCUCCUUGGAAACGACGACAAGACGCUGAAGAACAUCUUUCCGAGUGAGUGCGCAAGACGCUGCGUCACCGAAACAGACUUCACCUGUCGCUCAUUUGACUACGAACGCAACAAGAUGACAUGCUACCUCAGUAAGACCGACAAGAACGUGGCGGGAGGACUUGUACCAUCGUUUGAAUCGCAGCACUUUGACUACUAUGAGAGAGAUUUCUCUGUGGCAGUUCCAAUACCAACUAAAGCUCCUGGUGCCGACAUGGGAUGCCCCAAAGGUUGGGGUCGAUACAAGGGGUUCUGCUACUUUGCCAAUCUAGCCAUACUGGAGUUCGCUGAGGCAGAGAAAGCCUGCAAGAAUCAAGGAGCUGAAAUGGCUUCCAUUUUAGAUAUGAACGCCAAUAACUUCCUGAGGGCUAACAUCUAUGAAAAAACAAAGACCAUCACUCGCUACUGGAUCGGUCUGAAUGACAAGAAGACAGAGAUGCUGUAUGAAUGGUCCGAUGGUACUCCGGUGACCUACACCAACUGGUAUGCCCAUGAACCCAACGAUGCCAACGGUGAAGAUUGCGUCGAGAUGUACAUUGACAUUGGUUACUGGAAUGACUUGAAUUGUAAAGGAUACACCUACAGCUCCAUCUGUAAGAAGCCUCUCUCUUCUGGUAACCCAGUACACUUGCCAGCCGCAACAUGCCCAACUGGCUGGACAGGCUGGAAUGAUGUGUGCUACAAGAUGGACUCUACCAAGGCUACAUGGACUGAUGCUGGUACUCAAUGCAAGAAUGCUGGUGGUCGACUGGUCAUCAUUGAAGACAAGUAUGAGUUGUCUUUCCUGAGUGCUCAGCUGGGAAUGGAGAAUGGCGAUGAUUUCUUCAUCGGUUUCAGCGACAGUAAAACACCAGGACUCUAUGAGUGGAUGGAUGGAUCUUCAGUCACCUACACCAACUGGGCUGAAGGACAACCUGAUGAUCAAGCCGGUAACUGUGUAACAAUGAACUCCGGCAUGGAUGCUGGCUACUGGACAGAUAGGGAUUGCAGUGUGAAACGUCGUUACAUCUGUGAGAAAGCUGGGAAUGGUCAACCACCUCUGACCCCACCUCCUGCCAUCACACCUACCCAACCAUCGGACACUGACUGCCAAGAUGGAUGGACGGGCUAUGGAACACAAUGCUUCAGGAUAUUUGAGUUCCAGUCCGAUUCAGACAUGGUGACGUGGGAUGAGGCAAAUCGACAGUGUAUUAACAUGGGAGCAAACCUCGCCAGCUUUCACCAUCCUGAUCAGCAAAAGUACCUCGUUCAACAAUUUACACCCACGUCUUCAAACGGAUUUUGGAUUGGACUGUCUGACCAACGUAAAGAGGGAGGUUAUGCAUGGAGUGACGGCACACAAGUUGAAUUCACUGACUGGGCACCAGGAGAGCCCAAUGAUUACGGUGGCCAGGAGGAAUGCGUGGAGAUUUAUCUGCAGUCCGACAAUAAAUGGAACGAUCUGUACUGCUGGUAUCAGAGAAACUUCAUCUGCCAAAUACCCAAAGGGGAUAGCGUUAUAACAACCCCAGCGCCAACAAUUCCAACAGGUGACCCAUGUCCAGGCGAUGAUAAAUGGAUUCAUCGUGCCCCAUACUGUUAUUACUUCAGUAAAGCAAUGGAUGGUGUUGUUGGCUGGGCUGAAGCAGAAGAGUUCUGUCAUAAAAACAACGCACAUCUGGUGUCUGUCCACAGCAACGACGAACAAUCAUUCCUCAAAAAAUAUGCAAGCUUCUUCGCUAGUGGUUACUGGAUCGGUCUGCGGUCUAACAUGACUCACCCAGGGGAAUAUCAGUGGGCAGACCAAACCAAUCUAGACUUUGUCAACUGGCAAAAGGGCCAGCCAGAUUCAGUGAAUGGUGCUGAGCUCUGCGUUGAAAUGAAGAUGUUCCCAAACACUGGUGAAUGGAGAGACAACAACUGUGGCGACUGGGCAAAGUUCAUCUGCCAGAAAACCGUGGACGACGUUCCUCUGGUAACACAUGCACCAACCACACCUCCGACCGGCGAGUGUCCAAACGGCUGGAAAAAAUACAACAAUCGUUGCUACACCAUUGGUGGAAAGAACGAAGGAUCCAAGAAGAAUUGGCAAGAUGCCAGGAAGGAGUGUCAAACCUUGAAUGCAGCGGCUAGCCUGGCAUCCAUACACGAUACCGCUGUGCAGACCUACUUGACAGCUGACCUGAUUGAUGUCAACUUUGAUGUGUGGAUUGGUAUGUCAUCCCUUGGUAGCAGCGGUAACUUCCUGUGGGCAGACAACACACCGACAGACUACUUCAACUGGGGCUUCAACCAACCUGAUUGGCCCUUUAUGGGAAAUCGAACAGACUGUGUCUUGAUGAUGAAUGAGGAAGAGGAACCAGGCCGCUGGAAUGAUGUGGACUGUAUGGCCCUCAACAGCUACCUUUGUGUCAUGAAACCUGAUGAUAAAUACACAAAUCCAACCACCCCGCCGAAGUGUGACGGCUUGCCUGAGUACGAGAAGUACGGAGAUGCCUGCUUCAAGGUUGACAUCACUACUAAGAGGACAUUUGAGGAAGCCAAGACGUUCUGCCAGAAGGAUGGAGCAAACGUGGCCUCGAUCCGCAACGGUUACGAGCAGGCCAAGUUGCAAUCCAUGGUCAUGAAAGCGGAUCAAAGUGUCUGGAUUGGCUUGUUUGACGACCCUGCUACUGGAGUAUUUACAUGGAUAGACGGCUGGCCAUUGUAUUACACCAACUGGGGCUGGUUGUCUCCUAUAGGUUUACCAUGUGUUGUCAUGAAGGAAGGUGGAUUUUUCACCGAGGCAGGCGAAUGGUCAAACCAAGGAUGCGAUCUUAAGUCAUACACAGCUUGCAAAUACACCACAGCGGUCCCACCAACCAAGGUUCCAGAUUCAGAAGGCAAGUGUCCAGACGAUUGGACGGCAUAUGGAUCCAGCUGUUACAUCAUGGGAUCUGGGUUCUUCUCCACAGGCUCAUUCCCAGAGGCACGGUAUGACUGUCAGACAAACUACGGAGCGGAUCUGGCCACCAUCAGCAGCAAGGACGAGAACCACUUUGUGCUGGGACUGGCUCAGAAGUCAUUUAGCGUGUCGUGGCUGAUCAUGGGGCUUCAUCGAAGUAACAAUGGUGGCUGGAAGUGGAUUGAUGGCUCCCCAGUGGCUUUUACCAACUGGGCUAGUGGCGAGCCUGACGAUGACUCGGCAGGCUGUGCAGAAAUCUGGCCAGAUUCGCAGGGCAAAUGGUUUGACGUAUCCUGUACUGUCAAUAGCCACUAUGUCUGUGAGAUGCCCAAAUUGCCUCUUUUCACAACAGAAGCACCCUUCACUAAACCACCGUAUUGUCCUACGGACCCUGAUUGGCUAUUUGUUAGUCCAUACUGCUACUAUGUAGAAGACACCAAAGAGAAGACAUGGUAUGAUGCUGAAGCAUGGUGUAACACCAAAGGAGGCUACCUGGCAUCAAUACUCGACGAUCAGGAGCAGAUACUUGUCAAAGGAUUGACUCCAUACUCCUACAAUUAUUUCUGGAUCGGAUUAAAGAAACUUGACGAUAGUAACAGUGUUGAUGAAUACAGGUGGAGUGAUUCGUCACCAAGUGACUUCACGAAUUGGGAUUAUGGACAACCCAAUGACGGCCUGGGAAUGCAGAAAUGUGUUGACAUGGCGGAUGAUGGCUAUUGGGGUGAUACUAACUGUGGUAUAGAACAGCACUUUGUUUGCAAGAAAGAUUACAAUAACAAGGUUCCGAUUGUGAAGCCUGACCCUCCGCCCGCAGAAGGUAACUGCCCCAAUGGGUGGUUCAAGAUCGACAAAGGUUGCUACCAGAUCAACGGAGACACCAGUAAUUUCAAGACGUGGGACGACGCUCGCACUGCGUGUAAGGCAAACGAGGGAGGAGGCCUUGCAUCCAUUCAUAAUCAAGCGGUUCAGUCUUUAUUGACCUCGUUGAUGAAGUUCUCCACUGGGAACCUGUGGACUGGACUAAGCAACAAAGUAGGAUACUAUUAUGAGUAUCAUUGGUCUGAUAACUCCAAUGUGGACUUCCAGCACUGGGCUAGCAACCAACCAAACUAUCCCUAUGUUGAUAAUGCUUGUGGAGUUUUGGUGAAUGAUCCAUCAUACCCUGGCAGAUGGGACGACGUUGACUGCUCUGAAAAACAUGGCUACCUUUGUUACAAACCCUUGGAUCCAGCACUGCCCACUCAAGAACCCUCUUUUGGCGGCCUGUGCCCAGCCAACGGAUUCCUCCAGUAUGGCACCGACUGCUUCAAGCUAAUGACUACUCCGAUGUCAUUCAUUGAUGCUAAGAAGGCCUGCGAAGGACAGACAGCUACCCUGGCCUCCGUCCGGGAUGGCUUCUCGGAAGCGUUCAUCGUGGCCAACAUGUUGUACAAGAAUAAUUUAGACAGCGCUUGGAUUGGCUUGACAAUAAAUGAUAAUACCGGUACAUUCAAGUGGAUUGAUCGUUGGCCAUUGAUGUUUACAAGCUGGGCUGAUUACGAACCAAGUGAAAAAGACGGAGAGGGUUGCGUUGUACAGACCAACAGUGCUGACUGGGAUUCUAUCAAAUGUACAUUGAAACGUGCAUUUGUCUGUCAUACAACAGAAAUGGUUCCCCCAACACCGCCCACGUUUAUUCCUGGCAACUGUCCCCCAAAAUGGAUAGGGUUCGGUGACAACUGCUACAUGUUUGAAGCAGAGUUGCAGUACGUGUCGUGGUGGGAGGCGUCUUAUUUCUGCGAGAAAACCUUUGACAAUUCGCACAUCUUGAACAUCCACAGUAGAGGGGAGAACGCGUUCGUCAAGAGGGUAGCUGCAGAGAAAUAUGGGUACUAUGGAGUGUGGCUGGGCUUGACACGUAACACAACUGCUGUAGACAAGCAGGAGUUUCUCUGGAACGACGGUCAGCCGGUGGAUUACACAAACUGGAAAGUAGGAGAACCAGACAACGAGCUGGAUUCCGAGGACUGUGUACGCAUAAUGACAUCAGAGUACGGCAAGUGGGAAGACACUGGAUGCGCCUCUUACUCGCAGUUAGUCUGCAAGAGACCCAAAGACAAAAGCUCAGUUGGCGGUUGUGAGAAAGAUUGGUACCGGAUGAACAACUUAUGUUACGGAGCAUUUGGCAGCAACGAGCCCGAAUCAUUAACGUGGACUGAAGCUUAUAAGUCUUGCGAGAAUAAGGGUGGAACCUUAGCUACUGUCUAUGGUCAGAAUGUCCUAUCUUUGCUAGAAGCCAUGAUGUUCAUGAUGAGACGUACCAAUGCAUGGAUUGGACUGAAUAAGAUUGAUGGUUCAUAUGAAUGGGCUGAUGGAACUCCCAUGCAGUUUGAACACUGGACUGAUAACUUCCCUGAUAAGGACCCUGACAAUAUGUGUGUGAUGAUUGUUAACAACCAAGUGAAGCCAGGAUUCUGGAAGAACCUACCGUGCGAAGGGCCAAGAGAGGGCUACUUCUGCCAAAAGCCAACCGAUCCGGCCAUACCUGAUUUCCCAACUGGGGAUAGCUGCAGCCAAAAAGGCUACUACAGGCAUAAUGGAGUCUGCUACAAGGUGUAUGAUCAAAUGGACCAGAGGAAAAACUUUGCCGACGCGCAAGCACAGUGCGAGAAGGACACCGGUAAUCUGGCUACAGUCACAGACGGCUUUGUCGAGGCAUUCAUGGAAACACUCCUGUUUUAUUACAACAUACGGGACGCUUGGAUUGGCCUGAUGCAAGAUUCCACAGGAAAGUUUGUCUGGGUGAAUGGUGAUCCUCUAGUUUACACUAACUGGGACGAGGGAGAACCAAGCACCAACCAGGGUGAAGGAUGUGUUCGAAUCAGCGAUGGCCAGAAAUGGGACAACGUAGGUUGUGCAGGGACACACAGCUUCGUCUGCCAGAUAGGUGGAGGUGGCGGUCCAAUCCCAAGUACCCCAAAGCCGCCCUCGUGUCUGACCGGUUGGCAGCAAUUCGGCAGCAAGUGUUACCGCUUUGUCGCAGCGGACAACACUAAUAUGAGCUAUGAUGCGGCCAAAGCUGCGUGCGCCAAAUCCUCCAAAGCUGUCCUGCCCGAUGUUCACAGCUUUGAGCAGAACUUGUUCAUCAGCAAGUAUGCCCAGGGAUUGAAAGGUUCUGCCACCAUCUGGCUUGGGCUUGUCAAAGACGACCAAGGGGACUUUAAGUACGACAACAACGCCAAGUUGGACUACGCUAAGUGGGAUACGAAUCAGCCGUCUAUGGAUGAAGGACUCCGAUGUGUGGGGAUGAACAAGCAGACGGCCACAUGGACCAGUCUCUCCUGUGAUGUCAAAACGGACUUCGUUUGCCAGAUGGAUGCUUAUGGUGGUCCUCGUCCAAAACCACCCGCACAAACAGGAUUGGGUGUUGGAGCCAUUAUAGGAAUUGUGGUUGCUGUACUGGUUAUUAUUCUACUCAUCGUCAUCGUAUACCUGGCUCUGAAAACUCGACAAACCAAGUCACUCUUAACAGAUCCAGGCCUACCUCCUACUCUGGGAUUCGAUAACGUCCUGUACACGCCUUCAUCUGAAGAGGUCAAAGUGGACACCAAGACGGGCAUGAGUGACGCAUAACUACGUUGACACAGCUACUAUAGCUAUUUAAACUUUAUAAAAAUGUAUCUGUUUAACAUUUAAAUGUAGUUUUUGUACUUUCUUUUACACUUUCAAAAUUGUUGUAAUUAUCGAUCAUAAAGUUUAGGCCCUCAACCUCAAGGUUUUGAUAAACUAGAAACACUUCUGCCGUUGAUGGUGUGCGUCAAAAUGACAAUACUUUGAUUUCAUGUGUGGGAGUUUGCAUUGUUAUACUUCCAUACUCCAACAAUGGACAUCCCACAUUAUGGCGUAUUGGGUGAUGACGUAUAAUGGGAGACUUUCAGGGCGCUUGGUGGCAGCAGACUUACCAGCUAAAAUCCAUUGUUCUCGGU